CUUCGCCUAAGGCCAAAAUAUUGACAAAACCAAAUGUUCCACGUGGGGCACCCCAGCCCAAGUCUUGCAUCAAACCUCAUCACGAUUCCUCUUGCGCAAUGUCUAACCACGAGACUGGCGAUUGCAUAUCAAACUUUCAGCCGCACGAUGUGGCAUUGAAUAUUUACAAAUGUCGUACUGCAGGGUGCACUAAAGAAUUUCGGUCUAUUAACGAACUUCUUAACCAUGGUCGGCGUUAUGAGGUAAGCCGUCAGCAGCCAGCAGAGGUCAUUAUAAAUAACAUAUUACCGCCACAGUCUGAGAUUGCAUCCGCGGUCUCGAAAUUACUAAGUCUCCUCCGGCAUCAGGGACUAAACGAUGAUUUUGAAUUCCAGAGUGACGCCGAUCUGAGUGAUAUUCAGGAGAAGCAGGAUAGCAGAGCAUCUAGAAAGCGAAGGCGAGUAAACUCAUCAGAGGAUCAGGUUUGGCAGUGUCCUACGUGCCGUUCAAAACCAAAGAAAUUUAAGACACACUAUGAUCUCGUUCGCCAUUAUUGUCAACACUAUGGCUUUGAUGGUCCAUGCGAAGCUUGUAAUGAAUCGAUCGAUGGAGGCCGAUGUUUUUGGGACCACAAAUGUGGCCGAGUGCUCAAUAAAAAAGAACAAAGAAAGUAUGUUGAACAGCGCAAGGCCUUUCGCGAAGACGUUGCGAUGGCGAUUACAAAAGCCAAGGAACCCAAGUCCACGAACCUCGAUCAAAUGAACGAGAUCCUCGGGCACCUAGAAGGAACAGAAGAUAUCCAAAUUCCACCACCAAUGGACGAUAUUACGGACCAGGGCACUCCACCAGAUUACGAACCCGAGAGUGAUGAAAGAAUCGAUCAUGUCCAAGACCUAUCAAUUGUUGACUCGAACCUACAACAAUCAAUAUCUAUCCGUCAAGCCGAAAAUCCAACAGAUACCCUCGCGACUCCCCAAGGACUCUUUAACCAAAGGGCCUCACAAAAUCACGGCAUCGAGAUCCAAAAUGCACCAAACAUCAACUUGAUCUUACAACAAUCAGUCUAUGACCGCCACGUUCAAUAUGAACCGAAUGCCCAGUCAAACACAUCCCUGGGAUUCUAUGACCGAAGCUCUUCCCAACAUUGUCAAGUUCAGGAUGGCGAAGGAACGAGCCACGUCCCAAAUCCACCGAAUGUCAACCCGAUGCUACUAUCAGUCUUUGAUCGACACACCAAAUAUCCGUAUGCGCAUACGAAUCCACCGACAAAUACCCAGUGGGAUAUUGCCAGUCUUCCUCCUAGUGGGUCAGGGUAGUAAAAGGUUCGGGUCUACUGGGAUCGAUGCUUCCUCGGUAGGACAUGUGUGUGUGUGAAGCCAGUCUUCAUCUGGAUAACAAGUUGCGGAUGUAACAAAACACUGAGAUGUGUCAGGAAUGAAUGCAAGAGCUAGAACACAAUUCUUACACGCCGCCGUGUUCCAGGCUAAACGGAA